AUGGCUCGUACCAAGCAAACUGCCCGCAAGUCCACCGGUGGCAAAGCCCCCCGUAAGCAAUUGGCCACCAAGGCUGCCCGAAAGUCCGCCCCUGCCACCGGCGGCGUGAAGAAGCCCCAUCGUUACCGCCCUGGUACCGUCGCUCUUCGUGAAAUCCGUCGCUACCAAAAGUCGACGGAACUCUUGAUCCGCAAGUUGCCUUUCCAGCGCUUGGUCCGUGAAAUCGCCCAAGAUUUCAAGACCGACUUGCGUUUCCAAGGCUCGGCCGUCUUGGCCUUGCAAGAAGCUGCUGAAGCGUACCUUGUCGGUUUGUUCGAAGACACGAACUUGUGCGCCAUCCACGCCAAGCGUGUCACGAUCAUGCCCAAGGACAUUCAAUUGGCUCGCCGUAUCCGCGGUGAACGCUCUUAAAUUGACAAUCGUGACCAUGACCUGGUAGCUUGUCCUCCCCCUGGUGUUUUUCAACACCACCCUUCGUCCCAAGAAAUCCACUCGAUCCCACCUGGCGUUAUCUCAUCCAAUGACUUAUGUACUUUCACGUUGAACAGGUUCUGAAGUGUCUUACUCUAAACCCC